UGAAAUUAGUAUUGAAAGAUAUUGGUGUAUUAUUCUUUUUGAUAUUUGAGUUACCCCAAAUAGAUUUAUAUUGCUAAAUUUGUUCAUCAGAUUCUCCUUACAAUCGAAUAGAUGUGCAAUAUAAAAACCAAACGUGAUUCUACUUGUCUGGUUUAAAGUACAUUACCACUCUAGAUAUAUUAGUUUACCCAUAACUUAAAUUGGUCAAUUUUUGGAUGAUCAUCUAACACUACUUUCUGAUUUCUUGAGAAAUCUGUUUGCCUCUCAGAGGAAUCACCUUCGA